UGAGAGGGCUGAGUAAGACAAUCAGGCUGCUUGGUGUGUGCUGUGGGGAUCGUGUGUGCCCUCGCUUGCUUUUCCGUCUCCUGUUCUUUUGCAUAGCCGGUCAAAAUGCCGACUGACGCCCAGUCAGAUGCUCGCUCCUACCUCAGUGAGGAGAUGGUAGCCGAGUUCAAGGCUGCCUUUGACAUGUUUGACUCUGAUGGUGGUGGAGACAUCAGCACCAAGGAGUUGGGUACCGUCAUGAAGAUGCUGGGUCAGAACCCAACCCGAGAGGAGCUGGAUGCCAUCAUUGAGGAGGUAGAUGAGGACGGCAGUGGUACCAUUGACUUUGAAGAGUUCUUGGUCAUGAUGGUGCACCAGCUUAAAGAGGAUCAGGCUGGCAAGAGUGAGGAAGAGUUGUCUGAAUUCUUCCGCGUCUUCGACAAAAAUGGCGAUGGCUACAUCGACCGUGAAGAGCUCGCUGAGAUCCUGCGCUCCUCUGGGGAGAACAUCUCAGAGGAAGAGAUGGAUGAGCUGAUGGCUGAUGGUGACAAAAAUAACGACGGCAAGAUCGACUUUGAUGAGUGGCUGAAGAUGAUGGAAAACGUACAGUAAAAGACCAACAUUCCUCUACGACACGACAACAGAUUUUAUUUUUCUGUUCAAGCCAUUGAUUCACAAUUACUCAAGUGUGCCAGCCAAGCCUCUUUAAGUUCACCAAGACAAGCAAAAGCAAAAGAAAAUAAAAAGGAAAGAAGGAUAUUUGCAUCCUCCCACCUAACGUGACAGGACUCUGGGAAAUGGAAAUGUAUAUUUACCCCAAACAUCAAUUUAAAGCAAUCUUCUUCCACACCUGUCUUCGUGUACUUACAGUAUGUUACUGGCCAGGAAAGGGGGCUGCCCACAGCCCAACAUUGUAAUGUACAGAGCUGGAACGAAAUAAAGCUGUGUCAAUUUUUGCCUCA